AGCUUGGUUUGUCCAGAGAUCGAAGGCAGCAAUAGCAGCAGCAAAGAUGGCCUCCGAAACUUUUGUGCAGCCAGCAAUUCCUCGCUUUGAUGGUCACUAUGAUCAUUGGAGCAUGCUGAUGGAGAAUUUCUUGAGGUCCAAAGAACAUUGGAAUGUGGUUGAAUCUGGGGUAGCAGAACCAACCGUUGGGAUGUCAGAAGCUCAGAAGGUAGAGUUGGAGGCUUUAAAAUUGAAGGAUCUCAAAGCCAAAAAUUAUCUCUUUCAGGCAAUUGAUCGGACAAUCUUGGAGACUAUUCUUUGCAAAGAUACCUCCAAGCAAAUUUGGGAUUCAAUGAAGAAAAAGUACCAGGGAACCACAAAGACAAAGAGGCAGCAGCUUCAAGCACUUCGUUCGGAGUUUGAAAUACUUCGAAUGAAAGAGGGUGAGACUGUUACUGACUAUUUUUCUAGGACAAUGGCAAUUGUCAACAAAUUGAGGACCCAUGGUGAUAAGACACAAGAUGUUAUUGUUGUUGAGAAGAUACUUCGUUCAAUGACACCAAAAUAUAAUUUUGUUGUCUGUGCUAUUGAGGAGGCAAAUGAUCUUGAUGAAAUGUCACUUGAUGAACUUGAAAGUUCCUUGUUGAUACAUGAAAGGACGCUAAAUCGCCAAGAUAAGGAGGAAUUAGCAUUGAAGGUAUCAACUGAUCACUAUUCUUCAACACCACAUAAAGCCAACAGAGGUAGAGGCAGAGGAAAUAUGGAUCAGAGGAGCCAUCAAACUCAAUCUUAUGAUUCCCAAGGGAGAGGAAGGGGACGUGGCAAAUUUCAUUCAGCAACUUACAAGCCAAAGUCUGCAGACAAGUCUACCGUUGAGUGCUAUCGAUGCCACAGCAACCAUAUGUGUGGAGAUAAGUCUGUUUUCUCCAUUUUAGAUGAAUCAUUCCGAGAUACCAUGAAAUUUGGAGAUAACUCAAAAAUCUCAGUCAUGGGAAAAGGGCAGGUAAACAUUCGAACUAGAGAUUGUGCUACUCAAACUAUUUCGAAUGUUCUUUAUGUGCCAGAAUUGAAGACAAAUUUGCUGAGUAUUGGUCAAUUACAAGAGAGAGGCUAUGAAAUUGUCAUAAAAAAUGGAGUAUGCCGAAUUCAUGACAAUAAUCUGGGCUUAAUUGCUCAAGCUGCCAUGACCCCAAAUAAGAUGUUUCCUCUCCAUCUCAAAACUCCUGGCUUAAAGACACUUCAGCAGAGAACCAUGGUCACUGGGCUUCCAGAGUUUAAUAGUCCUUCUGAGCAUAAAUCUGAAGCUUUUGUAGCUUUUAAAAGCUAUAAAGUGCUUGUUGAGAAAGAAGCUGGCAGUCCAAUCAAAGUUUUUCGCACUGAUUGUGGAGGAGAAUAUUGCUCAGAUGAAUUUGCAAAAUUUUGUGACAAUAAGGGGAUUAAGAGGCAAAUCACAGCAGCUUAUACACCUCAACAAAAUGGUGUUUGUGAGACGAAGAAUCGCACUAUUUUGGACAUGGUGCGGAGUCUUUUGGCAAGGAGUUGCAUUCCAAAAUAUUUCUGGCCAGAGGCAGUCAACUGGAGCAUCCAUAUUUUGAAUAGAAGUCCCACACUUGCUGUUAAGGACAUGACACCAGAGGAAGCUUGGAGUGGACGCAAGCCAACAGUGGAUCAUCUUAGAAUUUUUGGGUGUGUUACUUAUGCCCAUGUUCCAGAUCAGAAGAGGAAAAAGCUAGACAACAAGGGAGAAAAGUGCAUUUUUCUUAGUGUUGGUAAUCAAUCAAAAGCCUAUAAGCUUUAUAAUCCAAGCACCAAGAAAACUGUAAUCAGCAGGGAUGUUGUUUUUGAUGAAGAACAGAUUUGGCCAAGAAGUAAAAAUGGUACCACUAAGUGUAUUUCUGCAGAUUUUGAUGGUGGUGAUGAUGAAGAAAAACAACAGUCAAUUGAGAAUGUGCAGCAGCAACUUGAUAUGGAUGAGCAACAACCAGCAUCCACUUCAAAUGCUCCAGAAGAUGCUCAAUCUCCAGCAGCAGCCAAAGAGGACGAACAGAGGUCACAGAGGGUUAAAAAGAGACCAGCAUGGAUGACUGAUUAUGAGGUCUACAAGACAAAGUUGAAGGACAAUGGUGAGAUUGACAAAUUCAAAGCCCGCCUAGUUGCCAAAGGUUACAAGCAAGAAUUUGGUAUCGAUUAUAAAGAAGUUUAUGCACCGAUUGCAAGGCAUGAUACAAUUCGCUUGGUAUUUGCUUUGGCAGCACAGAACUCAUGGCCACUCUAUCAACUGGAUGUAAAAUCAGCCUUCUUGCAUGGAGACUUGGAUGAGGAGGUAUUUAUUCAUCAACCCCCUGGUUAUGUUAAGGCUGGAAAUGAGCAUAAAGUGUAUAAAUUAAAAAGGGCAUUAUAUGGACUAAAACAAGCCCCACGGGCUUGGUAUAGUCGUAUUGAAUCUCAUUUUCUGAAGGAAGGUUUUAAAAAAUGUCCUUAUGAACAUACACUUUUCAUAAAAUCAGAAGAUGGGAAGAUGCUUAUUGUCUGCUUGUAUAUAUAUGACUUAAACUACACUGGAAAUGAUAUGGUUAUGUUUGAUAAAUUCAAGAAGUCUAUGAUGGUUGAAUUUGAGAUGUCAGAUCUUGGAUUGAUGCAUUAUUACCUUGGCAUAGAGGUGAAUCAAUCUGCUGCAGGUAUUUUUAUUUCUCAUAAGAAGUAUGUUCAAGACAUCUUAGACAAGUUUCGAAUGAAGAAUUGUAAUCCUGUAAACACACCAAUUGAACCGGGUUUGAAGCUUGUCAAGAAUCUUGGGGGAAAGGAAAUUAAUAGCACUUUGUACAAACAAAUUGUGGGAAGCUUGAUGUAUUUGACUGCAACAAGGCCAGAUAUCAUGCAUGCUGUAAGUCUUAUUAGUAGAUACAUGGAUUGUCCAAAAGAAGUUCAUCUCUUGGCAGCAAAAAGAAUUCUCAAGUACUUACAAGGUACAGCUGAGUAUGGUUUAUUCUAUAAAAAUGGAGAAAAGUCAGAGUUGUUCGGGUUCACAGGUAGUGAUUUUGCAAGAGAUCUUGAUGAUAGAAAGAGUACAUCUGGUUAUGUUUUCAUCAUGGGAAUAGCAGCAAUUUCAUGGACAUCUAGGAAGCAAUCAAUUGUGACUCUUUCAACUACUGAAGCUGAAUUUGUUGCAGCAACAACAUGUGCUUGUCAAGCAAUUUGGUUGAGGAAAGUUCUUGAAGAAUUGCAGGUCAAACAAGAAGGUCCUAUGCUUAUUUUUUGUGAUAAUAGUUCAACAAUCAAACUUUCAAAGAAUCCUGUUUUGCACGGAAGGUGUAAGCAUAUGGAUGUGAAAUUUCAUUUUUUGAGGGAUCUCACAAAUGAAGGAGUCAUUGAUUUGGUCUACUGCAGGACUGAAGAUCAAAUAGCAGACAUUUUUACAAAGCCUCUCAAGUUAUCAGCUUUUAGGAGACAAAGGGAGUUGCUAGGUGUUUGUAUUUUUUACAACAAUUAAACUGAUCAUUUGCUAAUGUUCAGUUUAGGGGAGAGUUUGUUGGAUAAGUCUUUAAAUUGUUCCUGGUAUUUAGUCAUUUCCUUGUAGGUGCCUUUGUGUUUCCUAGUUAUUAGGAAGUAGUUUAACGUGUUUUAGUUUUUCAGCAUAGUGGUUGCUAUUUUAUAGUUUUGUUGGUUGGCACCUUGACUAUUUAUGGGCCAUUUGACUGUUAACUGGUAUGAUAAUUAUCUGAAAUAUAUUUUCUUCCUAUUC